GAGACUUAUCAUAAUCUGUAUUCGGUUCGGUAUUGCAUUUUCGUUUUCGGUAAAGAAUUAAUAAAUGGCAUUUCAAUUUUUAAUUUUCAAUUUCAAAUCAAUUUCAUCUUUCAAUUAGAUAAAAAGAGUGCCGGUUACCUUGAAAAUGUCGGUGAAAAGACAGGCAACAACAGAGUUAAAUCAUGAAAAUUGGGAUCAAGAUGAUCCUGCCGAACAAGAAGAGGAAACAGGUGGUUUUAAAAUGGCUUCUAAAGAAGUUCUUGAAAAACGCGUAAUACGGACCGCUAAACGACGUUCACAAGCCACUGGAGAUGAGGCAAAAAGAAGUGUAUUUAGUGGAUUUAGUGCUUUUAAUAAAACACAACCAACAUCAUUUGACUUUCUUGCCAAAUUAACUAAUGGAAACAAUGCUACAAAUGUAUCACCACUAAAGUCAGAGACUUUAGCAACAUCUAGCACUUUUAAUGCCACAUCAACUGGGGCUACAACAACAAAUUCUCUGAGUAGUGGAAUAGGCAGUAUGACAAGAACAUCAACACCUUUAGCAAAAUCAGCUUUUGGAAAACCAAUGAGUGAAUCAUCUUUAUUUGGAGCGCCAACAACCAAUUCAGGAUUUGGACAGUCAGUUUUUACCACAUCCAAACCUAGUACAGCGGCAAAUGAGAGCCCAUUCAAAAUGCAAUCUGCACAAAGUGCAACAUUCAAUACUACAGCCUCAAAAUUAAAUACUAGUGCUGAAAAACCAGCUGCUCAGUCAUCUUCAAACAUAUUUGGAUCAUCAUCUACAAGUGCUAAUAAUACAAAAUCUCUUUUUUCUUCCACAAAUACUAAUUCAACACCAUUUAAAGUGCAACCAGUUUCAAAUUCUCAACCCAGUGAAGAUAAUAAAUCAACAAAUAAGUCUGAUAGUCAAGAAGAUAAAAAGUUGAUAUAUUACAGUAAAUUAAAAAGUCUGAAUGAAAGUGUAUCAGCGUGGAUCAAAAAACAUGUUGAAGAAGGUUUAUGUAUUUUAACACCUAUCUUUAAAGAUUAUGAGAAACACUUAAAAGAUAUUCAAGAUGAGUAUGAAAAAAGCAAAACAGAAAACACUACUGAUGAUAAAGCAAAUAAUGAAGAUAAGAAAACUACUUCACCAUGGGCUGUUAACACAAGUUCCUCAGUAUUUCCCACUUCAAGUAUGUUUUCAAAUAAUAAGGGCAAUGCAACAUCACCAGAAAAAACAUCAAAUUUAACAACAUGCAUAAACACUCCCACCAAUGUAUUAACAAAUAACUUUUCAACUUCAAGUCCAGCAAGCAGUGGAUUUUCAUUUGGAAUAAAAACACCAUCUGCAAACACAUCACCAUUUGCUCUUAAUACAACCACCACCACAGCCAAUACUAAUGGAAGUACUCCUUUCUCAUUUGGAAUUGGAAAACCAUUCAGCUUUAACUCAAAUAUUCAGAAAAAUGAAGAACCAGCUAAACAAGCUGAAGAAAAUGAAGAUGAACCACCAAAAGUUGAAUAUACACCUAUUGUAGAAGAAAAUAGUGUGUAUGAUAAAAAAUGCAAAAUAUUUGUAAAAAAAGAUGGAAAUUUUGUAGACAAAGGCGUUGGCACACUCUAUGUUAAAAAAAUAGAAGACAGUGGUAAACAUCAGUUACUAGUACGAGCGAAUACAUCUUUAGGAAAUGUACUACUGAAUUUGAUAUUAGGCUCAUCCAUACCUACUCAGCGUAUGGGUAAAAACAAUGUAAUGAUGGUUUGUAUCCCUACUCCAGAUGCAAAACCCCCACCCACAUCUAUACUUAUAAGAGUUAAAACAUCUGAAGAAGCAGAUGAACUAUUGGAAACAUUAAAUAAAUAUAAAUCCUAAUUUUUUUUUCUAAAUGUUGCUAUAUAUUGUCUAAAAAUAAAUUGCUAAGAUAUUAUAUUUUGUAAUCAACUUUAAAUGUGCAAUUCGCAUAUCAGUUUUAAGCAAUAAAAUAUUUUAGUUUACAUUCCUUUUAAAUUAACAUUAUAAUAAUCUUGUAGGUGGAAAUAUGUGUAUGUAAUUAUGUUGUAUACUGUUUUAUUUUACCUCUGUCCCCUAAAGUUAACUAAGAUUUUUUUUAUAUAUGACAUCAUAAUAUUUAUGAGAAAUGUAGCCAUUAUUUAUAACUAUCAUCAUCACUUGACCAUUAGAAAAUAAAACUAAUUAAUUUCUAAGUCCCUAAUUAAAAUAACGAAGAUAUUCAAAUCCAAUAAAAUAGCAAAUAAUGACAAUUUUAACGAUUGUCAUAAAAUAGCAGUAAUUUUGACUAUUUAUUAAUUUAGUUGUUUAUUUUUCUGAAAUUUGGCA